AGUGGACAUGGUCUCCCAAUCGGUGGAAAUCUCUGUAUGAGAUAGGUGUAACACCUCAUCACAUAGUUGGGUUUAUUCCGGAGGGAUGUAUACCUCAUGGGGGUCACACAAAGGUAAUCUAGGGAUCGUUCCACUUGUCAUCAUAAUUGACUUGUCAUGCCCAUGGGAUUAAACAGAUUAACCACACCAUUAUGAUUUCUUACGGUUACAUUAAUUCAAGGUCUUUACGGAUAUUACCAGCCGAGAGAGGAAUAUCCUGGUACGUUCUGGAUUUAUUUUGUUGGAAAUUACCCCCGGGAGCUUUUGGAUCUUUAAACCCAUUUUUUCCUCCAGAACAUGGGAUCUAACUUUUUUUAUUUUGACUUUGGAAACUGGAAGUAAAUCUCCACCAUGACGGAUACACAGGUAUUGGGUAUUCUAUUGUAAUCUUUUCAGGACUACCAGCAUCUGGUUAUCCUUUUGUCCAUCUCGGCAUCUGUUGAUAGCUGGAUUACUUUUUUUUCCCACCCCCACAACCUAUUUUUGCAUCCAUGGAUACAGGCUGUUCUGGAUCAGGAACUUAAGCGUUACACACCAUCAUAUUUAGCGACUUUUUUUUUAUUUUUUUAUUUGACCCUAAUUUUAGCAUGAGUAAUAUAAUAAUACAGACGCUCUACCAAGAAGACUUGACAGGAGCACUGAGGAUCCCAACAACCAGCCCUGGAAGUUUUAUGGAGCUAUUCUUGUUUGGAGUGAUGGCCAUGAAGACACAAGAAGACGGCAUGAUUGGGACAUGCCCUCCUGGAUGUAUGUUGGAUAUACUCCAUUCCUAGUAUGGAUAGGUGUAGCUGCCUUUCAUUUGGAUUACUUAUGUGUGGAUGUCGCGGUGUGAGGUUUCUGGAGCAGCCCCUAAAAUGUACUGACAUCCGAAGGCAACUUUUCCAAAGUAAUAGCCAAAAAAAAAUCAAGAUCGGAUACGAUCCAUGGAGUGUGGAUUUAUGUCAUAACCAGCAAAUGGGAUUUUAAAGUAAAUUGCCUACAAAGUGUCUACCUUUUUUUUUUUUUUUUUUUUUUUCUAUGAAUGAUCCCAGGAAUAUAUUUUUAAUAACUUUUCAAGCAAAAUUUAUGGAAACUACCUUUUUGCUUGGAUGGUCCAUUUGGAUAAAUAUAUAUAUUUUUUAGCGUCGUUACUGUUUAGCCGCAUCAUCCUGAGGUUCAUCAUCUUAUUUUUUUUAAGAGCUUUAUGUUUUCUUUUGUUUUAUUUUCCUGCUCUACAUCCUCAGAAAUCCAUUAAGCAGUUCAUUUCUGUAAUUAUUUUCUUCCCCCCCGCCCCAACCCAGUGAAGAGAAUUCAGUAGCCUAACAGUGGAUUAUCUGCUGGCCGUGUACUCCACAAUAAUUGAAGAUUACAUGAUUGAAGAGAACCGUUUUUUGGCACAUUUAGAAUUUACAAGAUUUUUCCUGGUUGCUUUUUCAUUCCGGCUCUCGCAUUCCGACCACCUAGAUUUUAUUUGGAUUAGUUUCAGUAACUUCUUUCACAACAGUAGCUCAGAAAGCCGUGAGCGUGCAUAUGACCACAGCCCAUAUGGACACCACGAGCGCAGUGGCACUUUCGACAGGCAGCGCCACUACAACGCAGACUAUUACAGGGAGCGUUCUUUGUUUGCCGCUGCCGGUCCGGGGAGCAGUGCCAUCGGGGGGAGCUUUGAGGCGUCAGACCCUCAUUUUGACUCUAGAAUUCGAGACCCCUUCUCUCUCGCGAGUGCGUCGCGCCGCGACCUCUACAGAGAUGACAGAGGACGACGUGUUGACAGGACGUACCAUCACCGCCGGAGCCGAUCAUCCCAUUCCUCUCAGUCUCGACACCCUUCGCCCCAACGGACAGGACAGACCUCCAAAAGUGCUCAUUCCCCGAAAAGAGCUCCUCUGUCCCCUGGCAGAGGCCCACGAUCUCAAUCCCGCAGCAGAUCAUCAAGCUCGGAUUCCGUGAGCAGUGCUAGUAGUACAGGCAGCGGCAGUGAUUCCAACAGCAGUUCGAGCGAUGGGUCUCGAGCACGUUCUGUUCAGUCGUCAGCUGCACACGCACCACCUCAGUCAUCAAUGGUGCUCGACUCGGACGAGCCACGCAGAAGCUUUGGGAUUAAAGUGCAAAACCUACCAGUGCGUUCGACAGACACAAGUUUAAAAGACGGACUCUUCCAUGAAUUCAAGAAACAUGGUAAAGUGACUUCAGUGCAAAUCCAUGGAGCGUCAGAGGACCGCUAUGGUUUGGUGUUCUUCAGACAACAAGAGGAUCAAGAGAAAGCACUUACCGUUUCCAAGGGAAAACUGUUCUUUGGCAUGCUGAUUGAAGUCACAGCGUGGAAUGGUCCUGAAACUGAGAGUGAAAAUGAGUUCCGGCCCUUGGAUGGCAGGAUAGAUGAAUUCCACCCAAAAGCCACUAGGACGUUGUUUAUUGGCAAUCUCGAGAAGACAACCAGUUAUCAGCAACUUCUUGAUAUUUUCCAGCGCUUUGGAGAAAUUGUGGACAUUGACAUCAAGAAAGUCAAUGGAGUUCCACAGUAUGCGUUUGUGCAGUAUUCUGAUAUUGCCAGUGUGUGCAAAGCCAUUAAGAAGAUGGACGGCGAGUAUCUUGGCAGUAACAGACUAAAGCUUGGUUUCGGGAAAAGUAUGCCCACAACAUGUGUUUGGCUUGAUGGGUUGGCAACCAAUAUCACAGAGCAAUACCUCACACGGCAUUUCUGUCGCUACGGGCAUGUUGUUAAGGUUUUGUUAGACCGAAUGAAAGGGAUGGCCCUCAUCUUCUACAACAACACAGAUUUUGCUCAGACAGCUGUGAGAGAGACCAAAGGCUGGAAGAUUGGAGGCAGCAAAAUUAAGGUGGACUUUGCAAGUCAAGAGAGUCAGGUGGCAUUUUACAGAUCUAUGCAGGCAUCUGGUCAAGACAUCAGAGACUUUUAUGAAAUUCCCCCGGAACGACGGGAGGAUCGCAGGCCCCCUUACCAUGAAUUUACAGCGGAGAGGGCUUACUACGACAAUUUACGCACAUCGGGCCUUUAUACAGAAGAUGCCCGGAGAGAGUAUGCUGCCCGCAGCAGGGACCGUUUCCCUGAGUUGGAACAUUUUCAAGGGGAUCAUUUUGACCCACGUUACCAUGAAGAUCCACGGGAUUACAGGGAUUACAGAGAUCCUUUUGAGCAAGACAUUCGAAAAUAUACAUAUAUUCAAAGAGAGCGGGAACGUUUUGAAGCGGACCGUAACAGAUGGAGCCCCUCUCAUCCACGGCGACCUAUUACCCCAACAGUGUCGCCAUCACCGUCUGAACGUGCUCCCAGAGAAUCGGAGCGACGGGUUUAUAGCCAGUCAUCUGAGAGAAGCGGAAGUGUGAGCUCACUCUCACCGCCACACUUUGAAAAGUCUGAAAAGACAAGCUUGCUGGAACUUCCCUCAAAGAGUGACAAGAGUGAAAAGAGCAGUCAACCAGAAAGAGCGGUGGGCUCCGAGAAAACCAAACGGACAAAACGAAAAGAGAAAGGCGAGAAAGACAAAGCCGAGCGGGUCAAAUCAAGGAAAGCAAAGGGGCAAUCUCCAUCCAAUCCACUACCAGACACGGAGCUUGAUACUGCUCCUGAAGCAGCAACGGGAAGAGGAAAGGGAUCAGAACACGACACCCAUGAGAGGCAGAAAUAUAAGGUGGACAAUGACUGUCAAUUCUCAGCUGCUCACCAUGACUCCCUGAAAAGUGAAAGAUCUGAAACGGGUAAAGUUGAUAAUCCUGAUAUGGAUGGAAAAAGUCGAGUAAAGAAACAGCUCAAAUCUGAGACAGGAAAUGAGGGGAAAGAGGCAGUGGAUUCAGAUCGCCUUGCUGCAAGAAAAAGACGUUUUGCUGAUUCAAGUGGAAGGACAAUUAAUCAAAAACGAAGCAGGCUUGACGAAGACGAUUGUAAUCAAUCCCAAGACCUUAGUGCUGCUGCAGCAUAUGAUAAGGAAAUUGACUCUGAUAAACACAAAGAUGCCCAACGCAGAGAUUCAAGAUUCAAAAUGGACAAAAGUGGAACUCAGAAGGAUGCUCAAGAGGACAUUAGAGGACCAAGAGAGAAAUCUGAGGGAUUGUUGGACCCUUCAGUGUCCAAACGCUUUCCUGGUCACACUUCAUUUCGAAGGAUGUCACACGAGGGAAAUGCAGACCAAGGCACUACGAGAGAACAUGAACACAGUGCCAUUUUCAAAUUUAGUGGCCAGGCUGCUGAAACCCCCAAAAGCGCUAAACAUAAGGAAGAGCACGUUGACAUUGACUUGUCUCAGAGUUACCGUAAACAAAUGGAGCAAAAUAGACGGUUGCACCAGCAGCAACAUCGAGAGUCGGACAAACUUGGCAAACGUGACAAACCAGGCAGUCCUCAAGAAAAUGAAAGUGAGGAUUUGGAACACCGUAGUCUUGUGCAUGAGGUUGGCAAACCACCUGAGGAUGUCACGGAUAAUUUUCCAUCUCACAAACUUAAGAAACUAGACCCAUUUGACGCUGAUUCAGGAAUCAAGAGGGAGCGUGUUUACAGGAGCUUUAGACAGAAAAGUGAAGAUCCUGAAUGGAACCACACUUCUUCUCCAGGGCACCAAUUUUCUCACCACACAGACGAGGGGUUUGAUCAUUCUCAGAAAGAGACAGCCAGAAAUGAAAAACAUAACCCAGGUUUGGAGCUGCUUGUGAAAAGGACACAUAAUGCACACAAAGACAAAUCCAACACUCUUUUACUUAGUGCAGAAGAGGAACAACAAAAGAGAUGGGAGAACAGAGUGAAGCAAGAUUUGCUUCCUGACCUAAACUUCUCCAGAAGUCUAAAUAAAAAUGUCCACAACCGCAAACGUUUGGAAUAUGGCCUUUGGCACGAUAUAGAGCCAGGUGAAGUAAGAUCAGACUCUGAAGAGGAUCGAGAAGCCAAACCGCGUUCUCCUAUGGCAUCAACAUCAAAUUCUUUUUCAGAGAGACCAAGGGGUGAGAGGUUUUCAGACCCUAAAACAGCACAUCUAGAAAGAAAUAAAUUCUACUCCUUUGCACUUGACCAUACCAUUACACCUGAUACUAAGGCUCUGCUUGAACGUGCAAAAUCCCUGUCAUCUUCCAGAGAAGAUAACUGGUCUUUCUUAGACUACGACUCUGACUUUGCAAGUUUCCGCAACCGGAAGGAUACAGAGAAGAUAGAAUCAACACCACGGCCUACACCAUCCUGGUACAUGAAAAAGAAAAAGAUCCGAAGUGGGUCUGAGGACAAACUUGAUGAUAGGAAAGAGGAGCCAAAACCAGAGGAACAAGAACGAAGGGAGCUAUUUGCCUCCCGCUUCCUUCACAGUCCGGUUUUUGAGUUGGACUCUAGACGUCUUCAGCAUCUGGAGCGAAAAUAUGAAGAAUCUGAGUCUGUUCAUAACCAACAAAAUAGCCAGCAGGUAACUGGAGACGGUGAACUCGAGUCGGGCCCCGUGGUCCUUUUCCAUAGUCGUUUUUUGGAGUUCACAAGACUACAACAGAAGAAUAAAACCCAGGUGCCAGAAACUAAAGAAAACUUGCCAACAGAUGAAAUUAAAGUUGAAAGAGAUCCUCCUGAAGAACCACAAUCACCUGAAACUAAAGAAUCUAUCACCGAGCCAGAAAUUAAGCCCAUCAGUCCAGCUGAAGAGUUGGUGCCUGAACCCCGUGCAACACCCCCUAUCUCCCAGUCAGUACUGAAAGACUUUCCUCCUACAGAAGAGACAUGUCAGUUACCCAUUGAGCCACCGCCUACUGCACAUUUCAUUAAACAGGAAAAAGAAAUUAAACUUGAACCUGUGGAUUAUCCGCCAACAGAGACCCCUGAGAUCCCUCAUUUGGAAGCUCCACCUGUCAAACAAGAAUUCAGUCAUUUAAAGGAUAGUUGUGAACUUUCUCCAUCUGAAAUUAAGCUGGAUGAGGUUACAGAAGAUGCCAAAGCUGAAGCAGAAGAACAUAGCAAUUCUCAUGAGUUUGCCAGUAGUUCAGAACCAGAUCUUAAACUUGAGGCAGUACAGCCACAAGUGUCUCGUGCCACAAGUCCGACACGACCAAGUCAUGAAGAGGACUUGGAUUUAGUCAAAAAAGAUGUAUAUAACACCGCUUCAGAGCCUGAAGAAGAAAAAAUUGUAAAAGUUAUUCAAAUGCCUGUCGAUGAAUCAAACAGUGAGUCAAACCCUUCUGCCCAUAAGGAGUAUAAAUCAAAAGAAAUGAAAAAUAAAAAGUGUAAACAAUCCCUGGCUGAAGCUCCUCCACCUGUAGCUGUUUGUGCAUCUGCGCCUGAAAAACAAGCAACACGCAAGAGUGAGCGCAUUGACAAAGAGAAGCUGAAACGUGGAUCCUCUCCAAGAGCAGAAUCUAAAUCUACAAGCAAAUCUCCUGUACAUGGAUCAGAUGCCGAUGUUUCAGAGCAGAGCAUAUCAUCAGGCAGAGCAAGACGUCGGAAUGUGAGAUCUGUGUAUGCGACCCCCGUUGAAGAUGAUAUCCCCUGUCGUGCUGUAAAGGAUGUUCAAGAGUCCCCACGUGCGGCAAGAAAACGUGCCACAGACAAAGAGCCAACACAGCAACACAAUAUUGAACACGAUUCACCUGCUCCAGCUCCUGCAACUAAACGGGGCCGACCUCCAAAGAAUCGUAGGCAAGGUGAGGAUUCUUCAACAGUUAAAACAGACAAAAUGAAAACGGAAACCAAAGACAUAGAAUCAAAUGAAGCUGAGAGUUUUGAGAAGAUCCCUAAAAUUUUCAAGGGGAAAUCCUCCCCCGGUGCCACUAAAGGUUCAUCAGGUCAGCUGUCUGCAGCUCAGGUAUGUGGUCCAACAAGGAAAGGAGAAAGAUCAAUGUUGACCGAGUGCAUCGAUCAAGAAAUGGAUGGCACAAAUGACCGUGCUUUGGAUUUGCUAGACUCAUGUACAUCUAAAGAAGAGCCACCACCUAAAGUGGACCAAAAGAAAGAGGAGAAAGACAAACACAAAAGAGAAAUGGUCAAAGACAAAGAGGUAAUCAAUGAAAAGACCUGUGAAGGUAAAGCCAAUGGAAAAGAGGAAGACUCCCUCGUAUUAGACGAAAAAAGCACCUCAGAAAAGAUAGGUAAAGGCAAAGGCAAGUUACCCAGGACCCCAAAGUCUCCUGUUCUCAAAAACCUUAAAAUCAGGCUAAAUGUCAAAGAGGUGAAAGAUCAUGUUUCCAAGUGCACCAGCAGAGGGGGGAACAUUGAUGAAAAUGACGCUUCUGUGGAAAAAAAGCAACAUCUGGAAACAUCAAAAAGUCUGAGUUCACAUGAAAUGGAAUUGGAGCAGGCUGUGGAGAACAUUGCCAAGCUCACAGAUCCAGCUUUUCCAACAGAACCUCAAACGUCAACCGGCCCGCUCACAGACUUAAAAGGUUACUCGGAGGAAGAAAAACCUAAUCCAGCCAGUGAGACAGAACUCAUUGCUGCUAUUGACUCCAUCACUGCUGAGGAUGCAGCUGUCUCUUUAACUCAAGCAACACCUAUAGGCGUUGAUGUAGGUUCAGAACCAGAGAUACAAGACUCUAUUCAGCCAGCCAAGGAAGAGGCGUCUGAAAUGAAUACUGUUGCCAUCCAGGAGGAGCCUCUCUUACCAGCCACACCCAAAAAGGCCACUAAGGGAAGACCUAAAACACCCAAACGCCCUAAAGGCCAAAAGCAAGUGCGGAAGGAUUCAAAAGAAGAUCCUCCAUUAAAUGAAGAGACACAAACUGUUGUAGCUCAAAGCACAGUGUCUGGUGUAAAGAUUGUCCCAGACAUUAUUCCAUCUUCAGCUGCUGCUGCAGUUAUUACUCCCACUACAUGGAAGCCGGAAGAGCCUUCACCUUUCAAGUCUGCAGAUGCCAAAAUCGAGACAGAGUCAUCCACUGAAGAGAAGGUUCAACAUCUCAAAUCUUCUUACCCCCUGUCCAACAGUCCAGCGUGUGCAAAGCCCCAACAGAUGCCACCCGACUGCAAAUCCCCUUCUUCCCUGUCACCAUUAGCAAACAGACCAAAUAUUAGACCCAUUCAAAACAGCAGAGCUCCUGUUUCUCCACCAGAUUGGUUCCACCAGUCUGUAGAUACUGGGGUUCCAGCUUUACAAGCCUUGCCUCCAGCACCCAGGGAAAGCCAACCUUCACCUGACUCUGAAAACAUGGAUAUUGAUCGCGGCACAAGCGAUCUAAGGCAAAUUCUUUUGAAACACAAAAAUAUUCCUCUGCCAGGCAGUAGUUACGUUCCUGCGAAUCUGCCCACGGCCCAAGAUCAGAAUCUUCCCGAACGUAAUACUCCAGUAGCAGUUAUGCCUAGUAAGUCACCACUACCCGAUGGCAGAAUGCUUUCUCAGUCCGUACGACCACCAGCUCCACUGCCGUCUCCUGAGACCAAGUCUGUGAUCUCAGUCAUUGCUUCCACUGCAACCUCUGUCAUUAGUCGAGUAUGCAACCCUCCUGAGCAUGAAGACAAAGUCAACCUAAAUAUUGGGAACCAGGGUGCAGACAUGAGCCUACCCAAACCCAAUUAUAGGCCCAGCAAAGACGAUAUUGGCUCAUACCAUGGGCCGAUUAUUGGUGAUGAAGGGGGAAGUAUCACACGCUUUAUUGUCGAGAGUUCCACUCAUGGUACAGGAUCUUGCCCAGGCCUUCGGGUGAAUACGUCCGAAGGAGUGGUGGUACUGAGCCACUCGGGACAAAAAACCGAGGGACCACAACGGAUAAGUGCAAAAAUAAGUCAGAUUCCACAAGCGACACCAGGUGACAUGGAAUCUCAGCAGCUGGUAUCAAUGCCCCAAAUUAAACAGGAAAUGUAUAGUCAUGCUCAGAAGGGGUCUAUGCAGGCAGAUCACGGGUAUCCUGGUAAGACACAGUCUGCCAUUAAACAAGAAGGCGCUAGUUUGGAAAAAAUGGAGCCUUCCUAUCACUCUGGACCUCAAGGAGUAGUGAAGCGUCUCACACAGGGGGUUAGUAAUCAAGUCAUCAGCCCAAUGUACCAUCAAGAUUACCUGUCGUCAAAACAUCCUAAGAAAAUCGACUGCGGAGAUCCACAUAGUGCAGAUGGCGCUAAGGCACCGUGGACCUCUGCUAUAAGUCCUGCAAUAAGCCCCCAUUUGCCCUCCCCCCCUGGAAACCAUGUAGGCUUUGUUACCACUGCUGGAGAUCGACCUCCUUCGCAUCUUAGUGGGAUCAAACAGGAACCACGAUCCCCACGCAAGUCAGGUCAUCCACACUCUCCGUUUACCAAGGUCCCCUCCCCCAUUGGCUCGUCAUCGCCUAAAAGCAUUCCAGUAAUGUUGCCCACUGGCCAUCCCGCCAUGCAGCAGUUUAUCACAGGCGUGCAUCACCCAGAGCAGUCUGUCAUCAUGCCACCUCACAGCGUGCCUGGAGGCUUAGGCCGUAUGUCUCCUCACCGUGCUACGCAGUCCAUUCCAGUGGGGCAUCUUGUUCAGGGAGACGUUCGAGUCAAUACUCCGCCUCUCUCUGUAGUGAGCUAUGGGAUGCACAGUGAUUCUCUCACAUCUCCCUGGUCCGGUUCCAUGCAGCAACGCCCACCGUCGCCUCAGACUGUUGGCAGAGAGAAGGUUCUCAAGGUGAACCCGGGUUCUUUAAGGCCUCAUGAUGUAGACCCUGAAGAAUCGAGACGCUUCCACCAGCAGGGACGACAGGCCGCCACACAGUUAAAACCAGAGACGAUGCAGUCGGAUGCUCGAGGGGGUUUUCGUAGCAACGUGUCAAUGGAAGCGUAUAUAGCGCAGAGGGAGAUGCGCGCACUCUUGCACCAGCAAGGAGAGCGCACUUCCACAGACCCUCAUUCAGCGCACCUUCAGGAGACUCAUCCUCCCACCUCUGCACCAUCCAGCUUACCCAUGUCGCUGUCUCCAAGGGCACAUGUUCUACCUAAAGGCGUGUCUGAGAAAGAUCUAGCCAAGCCUCUGGAGGCGAAAAGGCCCCACUCCCCUCUUGCGAAAGAUGGAAUAAUGGCCAUCCGGCACCCUGGGCCUGCAAUGGCAUCUCCUCAGAGAGUUCCACUCAUGCCACCGGGACCAAGUGGCGCCUUCCCGGAUUACGCUGGGAUGUACUCAAACCCAAGAAGCAUCCAUUCUCAGAUGCCUGAUGCCACUCAUGUUGGACACGGUCAGCCCCCGCUGAAUGUCACUCCAACCAUGGGCGCUGACCUCCAGGCUAAACCGGAUGGGAAGAUUGCACAGCCUGUUAACAUGGUGCAGUUGCUCACGAAAUACCCCAUCGUGUGGCAAGGUCUCCUCGCACUGAAAAACGACACGGCGGCAGUCCAGUUGCACUUUGUGUGCGGCAACAAAGCUUUGGCUCAUCGGUCCCUACCCCACCAGGAAGGCGGCGCCUUGCUCAGAAUCGUCCAGAGAAUGAGGCUGGAGGCCUCGCAACUGGAGAGCGUCGCCAGAAGAAUGACGGGGGAGUGCGACUUCUGCCUUUUGCUGGCACUGCCGUGUGGACGGGAUCAAGACGACGUUCUGAACCAGACUCAAGCUCUUAAGGCCGCCUUCAUCAACUACCUGCAGGCAAAGUUGGCUGCUGGUAUCAUUAACAUCCCCAAUCCAGGUUCCAAUCAGCCGGCGUACGUGCUCCAAAUCUUCCCCCCAUGUGAAUUUUCCGAGAGCCACUUAUCUCAGUUGGCCCCCGACCUUCUCAACAGGAUCUCCAGUAUAUCUCCUCACCUCAUGAUCGUCAUCACGUCCGUGUAAUCGUCACUGUGAAGGGGGAUGGGGGUGGGGAUGGGGUGGAGGGACUCUCUCCUGGAUGGAUGUUCACACAUGAGCCUCAGGAAACCAGAGGAAUAUAUCACUUUUUCUUCUUCCUCCUCCUCCUUUUCCUCCCUUUUGUCAUUUCUAUCUGGUGUUUUUUGUCCUUCUCAAAAGAACUCAGGGAUGGACCAAACCAGAAUCAUUUUUUUUUGUUUUUGACCAUUUCUGCUGUAUUUCUAUUUAUUGGAGUUUACUCUCAAGAAAAAAAAAACAUCAGGAUUCUUGAUGAGGAAGAAUGACUGACUGCCUGGAUGGUCUUUUUAUUGAUUUUUGUUGUUUCCAUAAGAGGAGGAUGGAAAGAAAAGACAAUUUCAUUACGUAAUUUUAAAAAUGUACAGACCGCUUUCUUUCGGAGGAGAUGGAGGAAUAAACAGAGACCCUGCAGAGGACCACAUUUUAAUUCCACCAGCUUGGUUGGUUUUGUUUUCCACACUACUGAAACAGUUUACACAUCUGGCUCCUACAUUUUCAUUGACCAUGCUACAGUUUGCUUUGGGACGGUUUUGGAAUACAGGACUUUGUAAAUAUUUUAAAUAUUUAAACUUUGAUAAUGGAACUUGGAAAACCUGGCAGAGACUUGAAGUCUGGGAUUGUACCAGAAAGUGUGGAUACAGAUGGAUAUUCUUCACUUCUUGCUUUGUUUGUUUUGUUCUUGGGUGUAAAUACUUGUAACACAAGAAGGUUAGCAAACUCUCCUGUGGAGUCUGCUGAUGGCACUUCAUAUUUUGUAACUCAAAUAAAAAAAAAAAUCUACAGCAAACUUGGCAUAUUUAGCUCAAAU